GAACAGUCGCAUCGUUUCUUUCCUGAACGACAUCAAAUGCUUAAGAUCAGCCAAUCGCGGCUCGCGGAGCACCUGACACUUCCGGUCCAGCAUUACUGGUCCAGGUGAGUUUUCAGGUGAAGCAACAGAGGUGAUGCUCCGCCCUCUGUGCAGUUCCCCACCCUGUGGGUGCUGGGGCGGCUGCCUCCCCAAGAUCCCCUUCUUCUGCUUUGAGAACAAAAUCCUGGAGAGGCAGAUAGAGGAGGCAUGUCUCCGCCAGCUUCAGAGAGAGAGCAGAGAGACAGAGAGAGAGCUAGAAGAGAUGAAGAGGGAGGUGAGGAGGCUGAAAAAGAAUCAGUGCAAGCUGGAGGAGAAGGGGAGAAGGCAGCAGGAGAAGGAGAGAAAGAAAGAGGAAAGAGAGCGAGCUCAGCGGAAGAAGUCGAUGGAGCGCAUGAGGCUCAGCCAGAUGGAGAGGUCAGAGCUGGAGACCCUCAGAGAGCUGGAACUUCGGCAGCUGAGCGAGCUGAGAGCUCUGGAGAGAGAGAGCAGGAGUUCAGACAGGGAGCAUCACACACCUGCGAGAAAGAUGGACGCUCUGCAGCAGCCCUGGACAGGAGCUGGACAGCAAGGCCUGCUUCCCCUCCAUUCCCAGAAUGUGGUGGACCUCCACAUCGAGGACAUCCAUUUGAUGAUGAUAAGCGAUGCUCAGAAACCGAGUAAGCUUGUGGUCUUGGAAGAGACCAUGAGAAGGAACGCUGCUAAGAUUCUCCAGCUCAGAGAAGAAGAGGAGAAACUGAAAAGAGAGCUGGAGGAGCUGAAGCUGAGAAUGGGCUCAAUGAUAAAGAGCAGAGAGGAGGAGAGGCUUCCAGAGCUUGGAUUGCAGCGAGGGAUGAAGAGACAGAUAAGAAUGGAGAAGAAGCUCCAUGCAAUGGAGAGAGAAAAAAAAGAGCUUAAGAGAGAGCAGGAGGAACAAUGGAAGCAGGCAGAAGAGCGUCUGAGAGAGAUGGAGGAAAGAGAAUCAAUUGAGAGAAGAGAGGAGAAGUGGAGAGAAAUGCUGAAGAAGGCAGAGGAAGAGUGGGGUCAAAUAGACGAAGUACUGCUCCAGGAACCUGUGCAGCAGAGAGACGAAGUACUGCUCCAGGAACCUGUGCAGCAGAUAGACGAAGUACUGCUCCAAGAACCUCUGAAUAUGAAAGAUGAACAAGUGCUCCAGAAACCAGUGAGGCACAGUAAGGAAGAUCUGCUCCAGGAACCUGUGCAGCAGAGAGAGGAUGAUUUGCUCCAGGAACCUGUGCAGCAGAAAGAGGAAGAUCUCCAGCAGCCUGAAAAGCAAGGAAAGGAGGAUCUGAAAGAUAUUAGAGAGCAGGAACUGAAGAUUCAGAAGGCCAGGCAGGAGUACAUGGCCAGACAACAGCAAAGGAAGAGGGAGCAGCUGAGGAGAAGGUACGCUCCAGGUCAGAAUUGGUUUAUAUCAGAGGAUAGCGCUCAGCGCAGGCGCACUGGAGGUAGACAAAUGACAAACAAGACCUCCAGUGAAGAAAAGAAAGAAGAAAACACUGACCUGGAGAACAAGCAAAAUCAUCUCCAGAAUUUGAGCUGGCCAGUUUCUCCAAACGGAGACGGCCUGCUCAUCAAUGUGAAGCCCCUCUACCCAUGCGCAGAACCUGAGGAGGUACUUGGGGCCUUCACUCCCUCCACAGCUGACUCCACUAAAGACCCCACUCCAGAGAACAAUGUGGAGGAGCAGGAGAUCAAUGAUCCUGAGGAACCCAGCCCACAGCCUCAGGCCUUCAGUGAGCCACAGGAAGACACUCAGAUCUUCACUGAUAGCUCCAAACUCCUUACUAAGGAGGAGGAUGAGGCUGAGGUAGGAGCGAGCAGCCGGGCAGACGACAUUAAGGAAUCUGUGCUGCAAACACCUCAGAACGGAUCUAUGGUCCAGUGCUGCGUCCAGCGUGACAGGACGGACAAGAGCUGCCCCACCUACCGCAUGUUCCAGGAGCUCGAGGGCGGCAAAAAGCAAUUACUGUUGGUCGCGAGACGGAUGAAGAAGGACAAUACGUCUUCUUAUGUGAUCACAGAUGGCGAGUCAGAUGAGGAUCACAACGUUGUGGGGAGAUUGAGAUUCAAUCGUCAGCGCACUCAAUUCACCCUCAGCGAUAGUGGCAGGAACCCAACAAAAAGCAGUGGAGCUCUGCAGGAGGAGAGCAGCACGCAGGAGCUCUUGGCCUUGAGCUAUGAGUCUCUUUUUGGGUUCAUGAAGUCACAGCAGAUGACCGCCGUCAUUCCCAGCCCGGACAGGAACUCUCAGCGUGUCAGUUUUGUUGAGGGCUCUUUAUUAAAGCAAAUAAAGAGAAAAAAUCAGGGACCAAACCUGAUUAAGCUCAACACUAAGGAGCCGGUGUGGAGCAGUAACCAGAAAGCGCACGUACUGGACUUCAAUGGACGGGUCAAAAAGGCUUCAUUGAAGAACUUCCAGCUCGCCUGUCCUGCGAAUCCGGACGAGAAGGUGAUACAGUUCGGUCGGGUGGAUGAAGACCACUUUGCACUCGACUACAGCUUCCCCUUGUGCGCUCUGCAAGCCCUCGCCAUCGCCCUGUCCUGCUUCGAGUGACACCGCCUCAACACCGUCCACACGCCCCCCGUCCACACCUCUGUCCCCAAAACAUCUUCAGCCUUCACUGGACAAAGAACCAGAGAAGAAGAAGCAGAAAGCAUAUGUGCUGGACUUAAAUGGACGGGUCAAAAAGGGCGCAGUGCAGAACUUCCAGCUCGCCUGUCCUGCAAAUCCGGACGAGAAGGUGAUACAGUUCGGUCGGGUGGAUGAAGACCACUUUCUGCAGGACUGCAGCUUCCACUUGUGCACUCUGCAAGCCUUCGCCAUCACUUCGACAAGUGACCUCAACACCGUCUACACGUGCACCGUUCACACACAUGUCCCCAUAACAUCUUCACCCUUCAAUAAAAACAAUAAAACUAGAGAAGAGUAUUUCCUGAUGGAUAUGAUGAGUGUGCAGGUUUACCAAGUCCCAGGAUGUUUCUAGAGUGAUGUAAGAUGUUU